AUGGCGUACGAGAUCGACCUCAGUGUUCUAGAGGAACAAGACGCAACGGAAUCCCAAAAGGAAAUAGUCGAAAUCUUGCGAGCGCAUCUCCAUGGCGAGGGAAGCAGACACACCAGUUCGUCGGAGUUGGCCGAUGCCAUCCAGCAACUGGGCGCUACAAAGGCAUCGAGAGAUGCUGCGUCAGACUUCCUCUGGCAUCUUUGGAUGGUCGUCGUAGAUUUCGCCUACCUCAUUCCGCCGGACCACCCCUGGCAGGGCACACUGAUAGGUGCUAUCCAGACCUUGAGACAAACUGGUGGACUUAUCGUCGCCACUGAAGAAACGAAGGAGCCCCUGCUCUGGAAGGACUUGCCACACCUGGCGGAAUACAUGUUGGAUAAGUGGUUCGACCCCACCGAGCUAGACGAAUGGACUCUAGACAAUGUGGCGGCAUGGAAGAACCUCAAUUCGUUUGCUGCCGGGCUCACAACGGAGGACUUUGCUCCCUGGUUGAACUUCCCCGUCUGGCAACUCCAGAGCGCCCUUGAUGAGUCCCCAGACAAGGGUAUCAUCCUGGAGUCUAGGCUCUGGGUAGCGACGGAGUGGGUUAUACGCUGUGGAAGCUUGGUAUUUCAAGACAUGAUUUCCUCCAGACCGCACGACGAUGCAGUCGAAGAGGCUACCGAAGGGCAAGGCUUGGGCAAGUUGCGUCUUUGGAAGAAGAGGUUUUCCGAACUAUUUGAGGAUAAGGAGCGACUGGGACUCGACACCGUUCUUGUCAACCGAAUAGAGCAGACUAUCAAGCAGAUGGAGGAGUUCGAGACCGCCGGCCAGGUACAAUAG